AUGAUAUUAUUGGGUAAAUUUUCUUUUUCUGUUGGGGGUCCGUCAUGGACCGUAAAGCUGGGAAGAAGAGAUUCUACCACUGCUAGUCGUUCCCUAGCAGACAGUGAUCUUCCUGCCCCUUUUGACCAUCUUGAUAGACUUAUUACCCUAUUUUCAAACAAGGGUUUUACUCCCAGGGAAAUGGUUGCCUUAUCAGGAGCCCACACGGUAGGCCAGGCACAAUGUUUUACAUUCCAGCAAAGGAUAUAUAGCAACGGAGCAGAUAUUAAUGCAGGCUUUGCCAGCGCCCGCCGUCGCCGGUGCCCACGAACCGGCAGAAAUAGCAAUUUGGCACCACUUGAUUUGGUGACACCAAAUCAAUUCGACAACAACUACUACAAGAAUCUUGUGCGGAAGAAAGGCCUUCUGAUAUCAGACCAAACCCUUUUCAAUGGAUCAUCAACUGAUACUAUUGUUAAAGAAUAUAGCAAAAAUCCUCGAACUUUCUCGUCUGAUUUUAGUGCAGCAAUGGUUAAAAUGGGUGAUUUAAGCCCCCUUACAGGUCAAGAUGGGAUCAUUAGACGGGUUUGCAGUUCCAUAAACUAGAGAGCCAGCAUCAUUUUCCUGGAAGACUGGUCAAGUUCAGUAUUUUCCUUUUUUAUUCCA